AUGCAAAGGUACUCUGACAGAUCAUGCAAUGUCACAAUUAAAGCCAUUGCAAUUUCAUCUUGCAAUCGAUCAUUUAUCAGUCGGACUGUCUUUCUUCCGUCAAACCGCUCGCGUCAUCCAAAGCCAUCGCAAUUGCACGAAGAAUGCCACCAUUUGGUCGCUGACAAUAAUACAUGGCGUUUCUCGAUUGCUGCUAACUGCAGCAAACACUUCAAAGUGUCUUUCAUGUAUGCUUGCAUUCGAGUAGUUGGUGAUUUCCAACAACGAACCGCGAUUCGCAACCUUAAUCUGACUGACAACUUUGAUACAAAGAUGGUUGCUUUCGGCAUUUUGUUGCUGCCAGGCCAGUAUCUCAUUAUGGGCAUGUUCUGGUUGACCAAGACCACUGGUUGGAAUACACCAAGUCCUUUUAAACUACGUCAUCGCUCAACGUUUUGUUGCAUCAAUUCGUGGACCAUUCCAAGCCUCACAAAGGAAUUCUCCCCUGACCAGCCAGCCACCAUGCGAUCAUUUCCUCUUGCUCUUCUCUUCGCUUUUGCUGUUGUAUCACGCGAAGCCCACGUUGAUGACACUCAUGAUCGUGAACAAGUACGUGAGCUCACAAGCUUUAAAAGAGUCAACGACUCUAACGAGGAGAGAUUUUUUCAAGGACUUGCUGAUCUUAGCCUUGAAAGGAUGGGUGUCAACAGUAAAAGGAGCAAAAUCGCCUUUCGACCGUCGACGUUUAGGAAGCUAUCACAGGAAAAUGCUGAGCACAUGCAGAACGCGAUAACGACUUCUUCGUCAUCCAAAGUCACUAGGAUGUUCUUCAGAAUGCUGAUAAGGGACCUUCAAAGGAAAGGUUUUUCGUUAGCUCAUCUUGUGAACGCGAGAAAGGCUGAUUUUCACUCCAUCAACUGGAAUAGUCCUUCUUUCUCCGUAUAUGUCGUUCUCGUUCGUAUCAAAGGGGGCGUAUUGGCAGACUAUCCUUAUUUUGCCCUGCUGAAGGAGUUAGCACGAGACGGGCUUGGUGUGGGACAACUCAUCGAAACAAUUUACACUGGUAAACGUGCAGGAAUCCCGGAGGUGCUUCGUCAGUCAAUUCUCGAUGAUUUGAUGCGUCUAUGGAAGAAAAAGAAAACAAGUUCGACAGAGGAAAUUUGUGUAUUAAAUUCGAUAAUUCAGGAAGCAAAGCAGGUCAAACAGACGAACGCCGAUGCUAUUGCUGUGGAGACGUUGCUGACUGCAAAGUAUUAUAAUACUAUCGAAAAAUUCUUAACGCGAAAGUUUCGCCGAGGUAUUUGGACAGAUGAACUUGUGCUUUCCGUCCUUGGUGGAACGGUAUACUUGGUGUCAAUUUCGUCAAGCUCUGAUCUUCGUGCAGGCUCUACUGAUGAAAGAUCUAUUGGAAAAUGUUCAAGUCCGCAGAUGCUGACCCUCACCCACAGCAGAUUGAGUCAGCAGUGGAUCAAAACUAGCUUCAGGAAUGUUCAAGCCUGCUAA